GAACCCACUACCGGCUCGACGCGAGGAACGUUAUAUUGGGAACAGAAAAGUUGAAAAAACUGCAAAGCAUGCGUGGGAGACAACGGGUGUAUUUAUAAAGCUGACUGGAAUCCAUGGUGAGUGACAUAUUAACUUUAAAUGACCUACAGGCUAGAUAAAAUGAGCUAUUCUUCAGGUAUUUCUGUAUAAUGAGUAUAGAAGUAUAUGUACUCUUGAGAGCUAGACAUUUAUUUUAGACGCAGUUAGCCGACCCAAAGUGUUAUUGAAGGUAUACCUUACAAGGGACAAUCUUUCAAUAAAAAAUAGGAACGAUCAUAAAAGUGUGAGUUUACAGGCUGUGCUAAUGCGGCAUAACGGUAUAAGUUUCAAGCGGAGACAUAACAAUCUAGAAAAUUGUAUGCAAGUCAUUACUAGAUCACUAAGCCAGAAGCCAUAAUGUUGUAGUUAAUCCUGUUUAAUGAAUUGAUGUGAUUGGUUUAAAACGGUACAAUUUGGGUGUAUAAGCUUUGUCUUCACCGCGCACUGUGUACUAGACUGCAGUUAGCCGGCUAGUUACUCGUAAUAUACAUGCUAUACUAUAGACAUCAGUCGUGUACAAUGCUAUCAUGACUUAAAUCCGUCGUGCACAUAUAUAUUUAUGUCAAAUAUUGGACUAUAUGUAUAUAUAUAGCAACACAUUUAUACAAAAUUAGGCAAGAAAUUUAGAAGUUCAGAUAUAUCUUGGACGACAUUGCUCAUUUAUGGUUUUUUUUGGAUUAUACAAGAAUUUUCUCGAUGAAACUCGUUAGCGUCAGCCCGUAAAUGCUCAUAACCAUUACAUCAUUGUCAAAGUUAAAAUACGUAUACUAUAGAAGACAGAAUAUUAUUUAACUCCUUAUCUGGAGGCUGAAUUGAAAUGUUUUGCAAGGUAUAACAAAAGUCUUUUAAAGAUGAUUUGUGAAAAUUAAUUGUAAUAAUGGAAACAAUAUCAAUUGAAAUAGAAACCUUUAUCAUAUAUAAAAAAAACAAGUGGAGCUUUAUCAGCUCUAAACUGCUCUUCCAAGAGAUCAAGUAUGAGGACUAUCUUAAUUAUUGCUCCACUGUUAUGCACCACAGUACCCAGGAGUGAAUCCUGCGCUGUUUCGGGUUGAGUCAAACUGGCACCACUCUUCAAACUGCUACCAUUCAACGCUUCUUGUGCGUUGGAUGAAUAAACAAAUCUUUAUCUCUCAUUAUCUACGGUUCUCGUCAGUUUCAAAUCUGGAAGCACAUGACCGAUAACCAGGAGAAAACUUCCGCUGUUUGAUAGAGCUCAGUUGUAGUUGAAACCGUAACCCUUAAUUCUCACAUAUAUAUGCAGCGAAUUAUAUAGUCGCAUUAGUAUAUACAUCCAUGCAUGAAAGCGACAUGUACCCUAUACUGCGUAACCAUUGGCACUGCACCAGCACUCCUUAUACGAGUAACAUGUAUACAUUUGAAUAAAGUAUACUAUUAUAUAUAGACCGCAUUUGAACUUAGACUCACAUCCACAUGCAAAAAUGACUGUAUAUGUAGCUAUAAUGCCAUCUAUCUACACAACAGAGAUAUUUUAGUUUUUCAUUAUAUAUUUUGUAUCAAUAUUUACCUAAAGCGCAUGGACAUUGUUUAAUGCAUUAAUUUCUUUUCGCUCUCGUUUGCGUUCCAUGAAAAUAUAUAGUACGUAAAAACCAACUUUGAAUGUAACAAUAUUCAGAUGUAAGAAAAAAUUGCAUUAGAAGUCAGUCCUGACAAAAAGGUAAUAAUUAUAUGGAAUUACCUCAAUGAGUUAUGAUAGUAGGUAUACACACAGCGCUUAAGCCUGGUCCACAUGUAAUCGAAAUUCUGUCGGCGAUUUUUCUCCUGGCAAAUGUGAUCGAAUGGAUGACAGGCAAAAUACGUAGAAUUGUUUACUUCUGAAAAGCGACUGUGUACUUUUGUGCAGUGCGAGUUCACUCAUUUGCAUCCGUCAGAAACACAAAAUCGCCGACAAAAUUGCUAGUGUGCCCAGUCUUUAGUGCAUCUGUUUUGGGGUCUGUGAUCAGUUGGGGUUCGAUUCCAUGCAUGUCGGCCCGUUUCCCCGGGGACUGCAUGGUUUCUUCAUGUAAAAAAUGGUCCUCUAAGACUAUAUCGAAGAAUUGAUCGGUUUCAAACUCAUAGAGCUAUAUAUCCAGUUGUAAUACAAUAAAAAAUAUUUUAAACAAUGGGUUUCUACAGAUGUUAUGGGGAUCGUUAUAGGUUACCCAAAUGUAAACUCCAAAAUGGAAAUCGUGGUCCCAUUGCCAUGGAGAGAAAAUUAUUUGUCAGUGCGACUGGAAUGUGAUGAGUUCCCAUGUUAUGUGCAUAGAAUCUUCGACACACUCACGUACAUGCAUGCAAUGCAAUGGUAUUUUAAAUAACAAUUGAGCGUGAGUGCAUGUGUUGACCUCCUCGUUGAUGUGCUCGCUAUUAUUACACAAAAGCACAGCUUGAAAGCAUGAUAAACAUGUAUUUUUACGCUUUUAUAUUGUACCGGAGGGAGCAACAGAAUGACCAGAAAUCCAUUCAUUAGGUGGAGCAGUGGGCAAUGCAUUGAUGGACAUCGUGCAUUUUCAGGCUAUUGCCUGAUUGGGCAUGGUUUGUGACAUAAUGUAACGCUAUAUGUAAACUUGCAUGGUCUCGAUUUUGUUUAAUCGUUUUUUUUUCAUGUUUUUUCCUAUUUCUAAAUUCAUUCAGUUUUUCCAACAGUUGGAUCGACAUGUCCAACGAAGCAAGAUCUGGGGACAAUGCGGCUAGACGUGAAAGUUUGGAAAGUAUGCAGCACCCCACCGCGGUUGUGGGCAACGACUCUUCUAGCCUGA